UCCCCUUGGGUGAUCUUCCUUUUUGAGACUUGAAGCCCUCAUAUGAAUAUACAUAAAUAAGUUGCAUACACGAGGAUAGCAGAUAUAUAGGUAGCAUCAAUAAAGUCUUCAUUUUUGUGCUUUGACCAAAUCAAAAGCUCGGUCAAGAAACCUCUUUUGAGGUGAAUUGCUGAGUUGAGGCAGAGAAAGCUUGAGCCCUUUUUUAGGGGGGUUUACUGGAAAAGUUGGAAGCUUUUGGAUUCAGAAAAUGGUGAUUUGGAACCUCGGAGUUGACUCAGAUUUGAAUCUUUAAUAAAGUUUUUUGCGUCCGAUGGAUAGUUCUUGAGCAAACAAUCGGCAGGCACUUUUGGAGUAUUAUUCCUUUUUCGAUAUAAAAGUUGUUUUAUAGGGAUGGGUUGUCACUGUUCAAGGCUUACUUCAUGUUGUUUUGCCUCGGACCACAAUGGACCAGUUGAUGAAGCCCGGAAUGAUGUAAAUGAGGAGAGGAGUGAAAUCAGCGAUUUGCCUACAUUUCGUGAGUUUUCAAUCGAGCAACUGAGGAUUGCUACAUCUGGUUUUGCCGUAGAAAACAUAGUUUCAGAACAUGGGGAGAAAGCUCCAAAUGUCGUUUAUAAGGGAAAACUGGAGAACCAGCGGAAGAUAGCUGUUAAGCGCUUUAAUAGGUCUGCUUGGCCUGAUGCCCGGCAGUUUAUGGAAGAAGCUAGAGCUGUUGGUCAGCUCCGGAACUACAGAUUGGCAAAUUUGCUCGGCUGCUGUUGUGAAGGUGAUGAGAGGUUGCUAGUUGCUGAAUUUAUGCCACAUGAGACUCUUGCAAAACACCUCUUUCACUGGGAAACACAGCCCAUGAAAUGGGCAAUGCGGUUAAGGGUCGCCUUAUAUCUUGCACAGGCAUUGGAGUAUUGUACGAGCAGAGGCCGUGCUCUGUAUCACGACCUUAAUGCCUAUAGAGUGGUCUUUGAUGAUGAUGGCAAUCCCAGACUAUCAUGCUUUGGGUUGAUGAAGAACAGUAGAGACGGGAAAAGCUACAGCACAAACUUGGCAUUUACUCCUCCGGAGUACCUGCGAACUGGAAGAGUGACUCCGGAAAGUGUAAUUUACAGCUUUGGCACACUUCUGCUCGAUCUUCUCAGUGGGAAACACAUUCCCCCAAGUCAUGCCCUUGAUUUGAUAAAGGAUCGUAAUCUUCAAAUGUUGACGGAUUCUUGCUUAGAAGGUCAGUUUUCCAGUGAUGAUGGAACUGAGCUGGUGCGUCUAGCUUCGAGAUGUUUGCAGUAUGAGCCCCGCGAGAGGCCAAAUCCAAAAUCAUUAGUUACUGCACUGAUUCCCCUUCAGAAAGAAACUGAGACCCCCUCUCAUGAACUUAUGGGAAUACCUCAUGGCGAAGUGGUUCUGUCUCUGUCGGCCCUUGGUGAAGCAUGUCUUAGAAUGGACUUAACUGCCAUACAUGAGAUUCUGGAAAAUCUCAGCUAUAAAGAUGACGAGGGAGCUGCAACUGAGCUUUCGUUCCAGAUGUGGACAAAUCAAAUGCAGGAUACAUUAAAUUCAAAGAAAAAAGGCGAUGUUGCUUUCCGGCACAAAGAAUUCAGGGUGGCAAUCGACUGCUACACACAGUUCAUUGAUGUUGGAACGAUGGUGUCCCCAACUGUGUUUGCCCGGCGCAGUUUGUCAUAUCUGAUUAGCGACAUGCCUCAGGAGGCCCUCAACGAUGCAGUGCAGGCACAGGUCAUUUCACCUGUUUGGCACAUUGCUUCAUACUUACAAGCCGCAUCCCUUUUCGCACUCGGGAGGGAGAAUGAGGCUCAGAUUGCACUCAAAGAAGGUUCGAUUCUGGAAGAAAAGAGGAGCACCACUCCCUGAGACAGGACACAGUGUCCAGGGACUUCCCGCCUUUGAAUUUACUCCUUGCUGACUUACUUCCCUGGACAGGUGUGUUAAAAUUUUCGACUUUUCAUGGUUCAACGAAACAAGAAAUCAACGACCAAAAUCUUACAACAUUAUAUAAAAACAAACACUUUUACCUGCUUAUUGUUGCCCUUGGCAUCCAUCCAAGGGCACGAUCUCUGGAGUGUUCCAAGAAACUUUGAGAAAGCUUUUCGAAGACCGAUUUAUGAAUGGAAUUGGUGCUAUUUGUGAAGGGGAUUGGGAGAUUGCUGAUGGGAAGAAAGAGGGAUGGAUUGAAUUUAAGAUGUGAAAUGUGGAGUUGGAUCUGCCAUUAUACUGUAAUUUGUGUACAGUAGAUAACAUGGCUUGCUGUUGCUGGGGUUGGGACUGUUUUUUUGUUUGGGGAUUUGGUGACUGUUGCUAUCUUCUUUUCUUUACUUCUUUCUUCUGUUGCUUUUAUUUAAAUUUGCCUGUAAUUGGUUGGAAUGGGCGCUUGGAUUGAGCCUCCUCUACUAAUUUGAGACUUUUGGGAUUUUUAUUUAUGUCUUGACCACCGCCUGUGAGUGAAUUGUAAAUUGUUUCUAUGCAGUUUUCAGACAUUCUAAUUAUACAUUAUUAUUGCUUU